AUGGUCGCGAAGAAGAGAAACCAACUGAGAACUAAGGCGGCUCUUAGGUUGAAUCAAGCUGCUGAAACAGACCCCGUCGAUGUCGCGAUGGGGCCACAGGUUGAAGAUCCAAAGGCAUUCCUGCAUCAGCCUAGGGAAACCAAAAAGGAGAAAAUGUACAAUAAAUCGCACAGCUUUCUCACAAAAGUACAGCAACAAUCGUCUCUGGGUGCCGGUAUUUCCAAAUCAGCUCUUAGACGUCGUAAGCGGAAACUGAGAGACGACCUGAAACCUAAGAUGCAUGAUCUGCUGGUGUCCUUGGAGCAAGAGGGUGUACUUCAAGAGACGAUGGAGCAUGGGCAAGAGCAUGAUAAUCAAUCUGUUACAAAGAUUGUAGCAGCAAAGAAUUUAUCUCCCGCACAUUCUACUCCAGCUGAAUCAGGUUCAAUCGUAGUCAAGAAAAAUCAGCCUAACAUUCGUAACCAAAAGGGCGCAAAGAUACUGGCUCAAAAGGAAACUCAGCGUUUUAGCACAGUCCUACGUGACCAGCAAUUCCAGCAAAAUCCGUUUGCAGCUCUCAAAGAAGUGAUUAAAAUGCAAAAAUGA